AUCGAAAUAAGUCGAACGAUAAACCAGAUAAACGUCAAAGUUGGUCAAAGUCAUUGAAUUGACACUACCAGACACUACUGUUUUCCUUCAAGACAACUAAAUUUAAUUAUGUAAAUAGUUCUAAAAAACUGCAACAAAGAAAUCUCUGAACAACUUUUAAAACUUUUAACUAGUGAACCAAUGCUUUCGUUUCGUGAAAAGAUGGGAUUGUAUAGCGAUGUUGACAAAGCAACAGAUGAAAAUAACACUUCGGAGGAAUGGGGUGUUAUUAUGGAAAUAUGUGACAAAGCAGGAAAGUCUAGCCAAGAAGCAAAAGAAUAUUUAAAAGCCAUUUUAAGACGUAUUAAUCAUGAAGAUCCUCAUGUGGCGAUACAAGGUGUCACUUUGUUGGAUGCUUGUGUCAAAAAUUGUGGAAAAACGUUUCAUAUUGAAGUUGCAUCUAGGGAUUUUGAAAAUGAGUAUAUUAAGCUAAUAAAGAAAACUCAUCCAACUGUUAAGAAAAAGCUGCUAAUCAGUUUAAAGAAAUGGGCUGAAGGAGAAUUUAAGAGUGAUCAACAGCUCAGUCUGAUAAAGGACUUAUAUGUUAAUCUAAAAAGUAGUGGAUAUAAUUUCAAUACAGAAGAACAACCAAAGAAGAUAGUAUUGAGCAAAGAUCCAAAUGUUGUCCAAUCACAAGAAGAAGAGGAUCAGAUAGCCAAGGCAAUAGAAUUGUCACUAAGAGAUACAUCUGGCUCACCAAGAAAUGCAGCUGGAAAUACUUCCAACUCAUUAUAUCCCUCUGCUAAUUUGUCAUUAUCUACCAAUACAAAUAAAGAACUUCGCAAGGUCAGAGCUUUGUAUGACUUUGAAGCAGCUGAAGAUAAUGAAUUAACUUUUAACACUGGCGAUAUAAUUUUUGUGCUUGAUGAUUCUGAUGCCAAUUGGUGGAAAGGGAAGAAUCUAACUGGAGAAGGACUGUUCCCCUCAAAUUUCGUUACUGCAGAUUUAUCGAUGGAUCCACAGCAAUUAGAAUUAGAAAAGCAGAAGAAAUUGCAGCAAGUGGAUGAAAGUUGGGAUAAGCAAUUGGAAGAUAUGAAGGAGCCAAAAAAUGUUGAAAUCAAUGAGGAUAAAAUAGAUAGAUUGUUGCAUUUACUUCAUGAAGCGGAUCCUACAAAUCCUGACCAAGAUACCAAAGAAAUGCUGACCUUAGAAAGAGAGGUUAACAGUAUGGGUGGAUUGAUCGAUAAGGAAUUAGAACGCGUUGAUAGAAAACACGCGCAACUGACGCAGUUGAGCGGCGAUUUAGUGGAGGCCUUGAAUCUAUAUCAUUCAUUGAUGAGGGAACCACAACAUCAAUUUAAUAAUUUACCCGUGAACAAAAUGCCGUACGGUUAUCCAUCCAGUUCUCAGCCCGCGAUGGCAUUCAAUGGUACGUUGCCGCAUCAACCACCACCUAAUAUGGGUCCUCCGAUGCCGGCUUAUGGAACUAUGCCCCAUGAUAGGCAGUUUAUGAUGGGUGGUCCAAUGCCUCCUCAUUUAAAUCAGUACAACAGUAUUCCACCGCAAAGUUUACCCCAUCCAUCGCAGCAACAUCAUGUAAUGCCGCCCGGUAUGCAUCCAAUGCAAGCACCAAUGAGCGCACCGCCGCAAAGUUUACCACCACAAAGUAUACCGCCUCAAAGUAUGCCUCCACAUGGACUUCAUAUGGGUCCACCACCGCAGCAGAUGGUACAAGAACAAGAUCCAAGAUUUCCGCCCCAUUUUCCACCACCACCACAUACAUUUCCCCCAGGAGUUGGGAUUCAACCAAAUGGCCCACCAAUGCCACAAAAUGGUUCCUUCCCCACAAUGCCACAUCACACUCAACACAUCAUGUAGUUGAAGAUGUGUAAUAUUGCAUCAUGGUCAAAACAUAAUAUUAUUAUUAUUUCCACUAAAUUUAAUAAACAGAAACGUAAAUACGGGGAAAUGGACUGGAUAUCGUGAUUAUCAGAGGCAUAUAUUCAAAAUCUAUACGCUAGUGCUUAAAGUAGUUUGUUGGUUUUUCAUUAUUUUAUAUACUUAUGUUUUGGGGGAUUAUCUUACGUAGUUAGAAGACCAACUUAUUAUAUAUUUCAGAAAAUAUGUUCCCAGACGCUAAUAAUACACGAUUAAUGAAGGCGAAGCGAAUAAAGUAAUGAACAUGCCGAAGCCGAAAUGUGGAGACGAACGAAGAAAAGUUGUUUGCAAAUAUAUUAUAGAUAUAAUUAUAAAAACAAUUUAUUAUUAAGUACGCUAUAUAUUUA